CGAAACAGCCAUUUCCGGCGUACAAUAGAUCGUGGACUGAAUACGACAGUUGUCUCGGACCAUCUUCGGGAACAUUUCACGUUGUGAAAACUUAAGGCUGUGAAAAUGUCUAUUCUUCAGAAGAUUGCAGAAAUUGAAAGCGAAAUGGCUCGCACCCAGAAGAACAAAGCAACUAGUGGGCAUCUUGGCCUGCUAAAGGCAAGGCUAGCGAAACUAAGGCGUGAACUUAUUGAACCUAAAGGGGGAGGAGGUGGCGCAGGAGAGGGGUUUGAUGUUGCCAAAACUGGUGACGCUCGCAUUGGUUUUGUUGGUUUUCCCUCUGUGGGAAAGUCAACUUUGCUGAGUAACCUAGCUGGUGUGUACUCAGAAGUUGCAGCUUAUGAAUUCACAACACUUACUACAGUUCCCGGCGUCAUCAGGUACAAAGGUGCCAAGAUUCAGCUUCUGGAUUUGCCUGGUAUCAUUGAAGGAGCUAAAGAUGGCAAAGGAAGAGGAAAGCAAGUGAUAGCAGUGGCACGGACUUGCAGCUUGAUUUUCAUCGUGCUGGAUGUUCUUAAGCCAUUACAACACAAGGCCCUUAUUGAACAUGAGCUUGAAGGAUUUGGAAUUCGCCUUAACAAAGAGCCACCCAAUAUCAUCUUUAAGAAAAAGGAGAAAGGUGGACUUAACCUUACAUCUCUGGUGUCACAAAGUGAACUGGACCAGGAUACAGUAAAAACGAUUCUUAAUGAGUACAAGAUUCACAAUGCUGACAUCACUCUGCGCUAUGAUGCUACAGCUGAAGAUUUGAUAGAUGUCAUUGAAGGAAACCGGGUCUAUAUCCCAUGUAUAUAUUUGCUCAACAAAAUCGACCAGAUCUCUAUUGAAGAGCUGGACAUUAUUUAUCGAAUUCCUCAUUGUGUACCAAUCUCAGCACACCAUAAAUGGAACUUUGAUGAUUUACUGGAAAAAAUGUGGGAUUAUCUAAAGCUAGUUCGCAUUUACACCAAACCCAAAGGCCAGCUCCCAGACUAUACAUCCCCAGUAGUGCUGAAGAGUGGUCACAGUGCCGUAGAAGAUUUUUGUAACAAGAUUCACCGCAGCAUUAUAAGGGAAUUUAAGUAUGCUCUGGUUUGGGGCACAUCAGUCAAACAUUGUCCACAGAAAGUGGGAAAGGAACAUGUGCUCAAUGAUGAGGAUGUGGUGCAGAUUUUGAAAAAGGUCUGAUUAAAGAUGAGAUUUGGAAAACUGCAGCCAGUAUUGUACAGUUGUUCCAAUAGUCUCCAGUGACUUUCAGCUCUGACCUUCACCCUCUGCCUACCUUCUUUCAUCAAAUACCCUAGUGACUUGUAUCAAGCCUUCACCAUCAAACCACAGACUUUGCUCUGAAUAUUUACUAACCUGCAAUAGUGGUGGUGAUGAUGGUGGUGUGGGAAUAUCAUUGUGCUGAAUCAGUCUAGUGCCAGAAAGACUGUCUUCUACAUCCAUCCAACCAUGUAGAAGCAAUAAUAAAAAUGGUUCUACCGUUAAGCAAUU